AUGGGUUCAUCAGGCUCAUCAUGCUCAUCAUGUUCAUCACCAGUUUCUUCGAUCAAGCAGAGCUGGAGAGAGCAUCCUGCUUCUUCUUAUUCGCUCAAGAUUAACAAAUUCUCCCAACUUGAGAAUCAUACUGCCUUCUCUGAUCAUAAAUACCAAUCUCGUCUUUUCUCCUCUGGUGGAUAUAACUGGAAAUUGAUUGUAUACCCGAGAGGGAACGUAAACGACAAUGGAAGUGGAUUUAUAUCGAUGUACGUGGAAUUAGACAGCACGAGCUUGACGGAAUCCUCACCAACAACUGAGGUGUUUGCAGAACUCCGCUUCUUUGUUUACAACAAGAAAGAAAACAAGUACUUUACUAUACAAGAUGUAGAAGUAAAGCGGUUCAAUGCCCUUAAUAUGGUGAGGGGAUUGCUAAAAGUUCUUCCAUAUGAAACAUUUAUUAACCCUGAAAAUGGAUACAUAUUCGAGGGAGGUCAAUGUGAGUUUGGUGUUGAUGUCAUUGUUCCCCCACCCCUUACCAAUUGGGAGAUCGUCUCUUUUGAUGAAAAACUACUCUCUUCUCCCAAGUUCUCUUGGACUGUUAAGAACUUUUCUGGCUUGAACGAGUAUGUUUACAAAUCAGACAUUUUUACAAUGGGAGGAAGGAAAUGGGGUCUAAUGCUGUAUCCCAAGGGCGACACUAGAGCAACUGGCAAAUUUUUAUCCGUUUUUCUUCAUUUAGCUGAUAGUGAAACACUAAAACCAGAUGAGAAGAUUUUCAUUCAAGUACAUGUUCGAGUUCUAAACCCGCUUGGCUCCUGUCACGUGGAAAAAAAAUUGAACUCCUGGUACGAGAAAUCAAACUGGGCUUUGGGAUGGUGUAACUUUUUCUCUUUAGAUGAAAUUCGAAAGGCUUACUUGGACAAAGAAGACUCGUUGAAAGUGGAGGCCGAGUUUAAAGUUGUUUCCGCGAUCAAAUACUCUACCUCUAUCUAA